CGUCAAUAAAGUAAAAUGAAAUCCUGUGAUGUAAUUUACUUUUACACAUUAUAUCUGGACAAAACACAGAGAGGAAGCUGAUGAUAUAGCUUUGAAUAUAAAUUAUCCUACUAAAGGCAAGUGCACGAAGAGAGAUCGAAAUGAAAGUCAUAGUAAUUCUAAAGUUUUGUUUAGUGUUAUGUUUCUUAAAACAUACAAUCAAAACAGAGUCCGUGAAAUCUGAUCUGAUAUUACCCUGUGCAAACUUUACCGACCAAGAAGAACUGUACGUAGACUGUUCUUAUAGAAACCUAACAAUUAUUCCACGUUUGCCAGACAAUACUAUUCACCUUUAUUUACAGCACAACUUCCUGAUGCAAAUACCAGAUAAUACAUUCGAAAACAUGACAAAUCUUAGGACGUUAGAUUUAUCAUUCAACAUGUUGAUGUUGUAUACCAACAAGACGUUCAAUGGUCUUCGACACCUACAAACUCUUAAACUCGGGAACAAUAUUAUUAGUCGUAUACCAAAUAAAACCUUUGGCGGUAUGAAGAAGCUUAUAGAACUUGAUAUAUCAUAUUGCCAUGUAUCAUCAAUUAAUGAACAAACAUUUUAUGGGCUAAAUAACCUCGUACAUCUCGCUCUCGAAAAGAAUGGUUUGUAUUACAAUAAGAAACAACUUCCGAAGGGAAGCUUUCAGCCUUUAAAAUCCUUGAAACAGCUCUCUAUUCGAAACAAUAAUUUUGGAGCAAUUAAUAAAAUUUUCCCAGAUGAGACAAUUGCAGAUUUAAUCCUGUUAGAAGUAUUAGUAUUAGAUGUUAGCUGUGUGGAUCAUAAUAUGCAGUUAUUUGGAAAGGGGUUUUCCUCACUUCAAAAUCUCCGAACACUCAAUUUUAGUAUUUGUGAUGCCGUUUCCCUCCAUAAUGAUACAUUCAAGUAUACACCACAUCUAACCAAUGUCUAUAUAAGCAAGUGCAACAUUCUACGGAUCGAUGGGUUAGGAGCAUUUAUGAAACUCGGAAGACUGACAGUUUUAGAAUUGGAUAUAGAUAUAACUGAAGGAUUAAUGCCAGCAGUUCAUACAUUUCCAUGGGACAAAAUAAAUAAUGCACUCUACAAUACACACAUUCGUGAAUUGUAUUGUUUCAAGAAUAUCGACGUUCUAGUUUUCCCAAAACAACGUAGUAUACGGGCCCCACCUAAUCUUCGAAGUCUAGCUUUCAGUAAUUUGGGUUUUAGUCAGAUAUUGCUUAAUCUCACAUACGUGACAACCCUUAAAAUCGAUGGAAACAAACUUGGAAACUAUUUAGCGAACAAUACCUAUAUGAUGACCAAAUACAAUAGACUUGAAUUUAUCUCGCUCUCAAAUAAUUCAAUUUUUAAACUAAAUUCUGAAUUAUUCAAUGACCAACCGCACUUGAAAGUCAUUGACUUAAGUUAUAAUUUCCUUAAGCAUAUCAACUUUCACUUGAAACAUAUGAUAUAUUUAGAGAUGCUUAAUCUUGCAAAUAAUUCAAUCGUUUAUUUAGAUGAUGAUUCAAUAGCGAAUAUAGAUCAAAUUCUUAAUGAAAAUAAUAAUCUAAAAAUAAAUCUGGGUGGAAAUCCCCUUAACUGUGGCUGCUCUUUACUCCCUUACUUGAAAUGGAUGAUUAAUGUUCGUGAACAUUUUGUAAAUUUUAAUCAAUACAAAUGCGUUCUAGAAAACGGGAGCAUGCCAAUGUCAAAUUCUUUUGAGGACUUAAUACUUCAUCUUCAAACAGACUGCAUGAAUUACUCAUAUUUGAUAGUUGGCGUGUCAUUCACUUUAUUUGGCUUCAUAUCAUUAUUGAUAGCAUCUCUCAUUUAUAGACACAGGUGGAAACUCCGUUAUUUAUUUUAUACAGCAAAAUUGAGAUAUGCCCAUCAAAAUAACAUGGACAAUCGUGGACAAUACGUCUACGAUGCUUUUAUAUCUUACUCCGACGAAAUAAGAACGUUUGUAACGAAAGACUGUAUUGAUAAUCUUGAACAAGACGGACAUUUUAAACUAUGUAUACAUCAUCGAGACUUUCUACCGGGCGCAGCCAUAACUGACAAUAUCACCCAAGCCAUCCAAAGCAGUCGAAAAACAAUCUGCAUCAUAACGAGGUCUUUUAUCGAAUCUGACUAUUGCAUGUUUGAAUAUAAUAUGGCAAGAAUGGAAAGUAUUCACAGAAAGAAAGACAAAUGUCUAAUUUUUCUUGUGUUUUACGAGCAACUGCAACCAGAGGAGUUACCUUUAGUAUUAUAUGAAAUUAUUCAGAAAAAAACAUAUAUCGAAUACCCAGGUGAUGUGCACGGAAAUUUCAUUUUCUGGGAGAAAAUCAAAGACGCUAUCAAUGCAUAAAAGAGGAAUUAUCAAUCUGACUAUUAUUAAAAACUACAAAUAUAUUCAAAUGAGUAUCAACACAUGACAAAUUAAAUAUUAAGUCUUUUUUUUAAAAAAGCAAAAUAUUUUGAAGUUGGAGAGUUUGAGACAGAGCAGAUGAUACUAGGACUGUGUUUUAAUAAAAUCGUUAUUUUAUUUAUUUAUAAGCUUUGAGAGGAGAUUUAGAAAGAAUAUUUUUCGUCAUAGUAGUAGAAUUGGUACAGCUUUGUAGUGAACUCAAUGCUAUUUAGGCAAUAUUGGAACAACUUAAGAUAUAUAUCAUUAAACAUGACACAUAUUCGAUGGUCCUUUUCAUUCAAAUUCUGAUGCUUAAAAGAUCUCAAAUUCAUUAUCGGAAACAAUUGUUGAACGGAAAUUCAUUUUGAAAUCUAUGUAUCAAAACUUAUUGCAUAAACCUAUCAUUCAUUUUG